CGAGCGCGUCCCCAGUAUUACCUCGUCUUUUACCUCCCUCCGCGCCCUCCUAGCUACCUAAUCGGCUCGCUGUAUUCAACCCGAUUUCCUCGAUCGCUACUCGAGCGAGGGGUACAGGAUGGAGUCUCCCGCAUAUCCAGAGUCCCCGAUGGACCAGGACGAUAUCCCAUUUCCUUGCAAGGGUUGUGGAGAGAUUCUAGAAGAGGGCAAGGCUUUCGAACUUGCGGGCAAUCGAUGGCACAUUGAAUGUUUCUGCUGCAGCACCUGCGGCACCCUUCUCGAUUCUGACGCACACCUGCUACUCCUCGGAGACGGAUCGUUGAUUUGCAGCAACUGCACCUACAGCUGCAGCUCGUGUGGAAAUAAAAUCGAGGAUCUUGCCAUUCUGACGGGCGAGCAAGCUUUCUGCGCACAGUGCUUUCGAUGCCGGAACUGUAAACGGAAGAUCGAAAAUCUGCGCUAUGCCCGAACUUCACAGGGUAUAUUCUGUAUGGACUGCCAUGAAUCACUCAUGCAGCGGCGGAGAAAGCGAAACCGGAAUGUUCCACCCACCAGGAAGCAGCCCCCAGGCAUAAAACUGGACAAGUCCCUUCCAUCUCUGCCCUCAGAGGAACCUGAACCCAGAUCUCACGGCUCGGACGACCCAGCUGCAGAUGCCUAUUCAGAUACGACCCCCGAUGCAACAUUGCGAGGAGCUGCGCCUGCGCUGGACGCAGGAAGGGGCAGAAGCUCUUCUGCUACUCGCGCGCCUGUCGAUACUCAAGAUAACCUGAUCCUCCCUUCGAGCACUUACCGAAGCCAUCGACACUCCAUGAUUCACCAGUCCGAAGCAGAUAGCGGGGGAGAAUUCUUAAUUCCUGUCGCGUUUGACCCCUCCGAAGAACAACGGCCCCCUCGUGGACAGUUACCUUCCACAACGUACCAGAAAUCGCCUCAGGGAUCGGAGAAUUCGUCUCCGCAUAUUGCGUACCAGGAAAAAGGCCGGGAUCGCGUCGAUCUUGACGCCGCGCGUUGGCGUCAGGAUGACCUCGCUAACGGCACGAGUGCUGCCAGGUCCGCCUCCGCUCGGAGUUCCAGGUCUGAUUUGGGUCGUAAGGAGACCAGCACUUUCUCCACACCAAGCCCCGAAAGCACUAAAUCAGCGACCGCCCAGAGAGACGGAGCUGCGGGUGACAAUACUGCCACACUCCCGAUUCGACCUUCUCACGAGCUACGUCGGUUGCAUGAAACCACGGGAUCGGUAGACUCAUCGCACUCUUUCUUGUCCUCUUCGAGCAUACAGCAUCCCAAGCGGGCAGACUCCCUGGAGGGUAGGCUGCAUCAGGCCCCGAGAAAGGAGGCCGGCACAUCCCCUCGCCCGUCGUCCGUUACCCCCAGCGACCAGUGGAGCGAACGAUCUACGGACCGGACGGGUGCCAGCAAGAGUACUCCAAGGACCGGUGAAUCCGCCUGGACCCCGCGUAGCGAAGUGAAUGAACAACCUAAGCCUCCCGUGCGUCCCAACUCAAUCAGCACCCUUCAGCAGGUCGAGGCCUAUCGCCAAACAGAUGGUGCGGGUUCUCCAUCGUUACUGCGGUAUAGUGGGGGCGCCGAUUUCACUAUGGAGGAAGAUAUGGCCCGGAUUAUGGGCUCUGAUGACGGCAACUCUGCGCAGACAAGCGAGUCUUUCCUUCGACGCGUCUCCAACUCCGUACGCCACGGCCGUUCCUACAGCGACAAAGGAUCUCGCCUAUCAAGGGAUGCCAAAUGGCCCAAAUCGCCUGUCAACGGAUCUGGGGCGAUGCCCGACCUGGCAAGCCCUUCCGCUAUCUCCCCCGAGAAUGCGGGACCGGAGGAAGUGGCGUGGCUACGGAACGAGCUGCGCAAGGAGCGGCAGCGCGUAUUUGAUCGGGAGCAGAAGAUUGCGGAGAUGGAAGCGAUGCUGAACGCAAGCGCAGAAGUUAAGCAGGUCAACACUGAGCUACAUGAGAAGCGGUCUACCAUGGUGGUCUUGGACGCCCAGAAGGAGAUCGCCAUGCGCGAGCUCUCGGUCCUGACCGAUCAUCUCGAGGCGGAAAAGCGUGGCGGCGGCGGUUCUCUCGACCUUGGCAAGCUGACCAACCAUGUGUUGCGGGAGUUCGUGGAAUCGAUUUCAAAGCUGAAGGAGGGUUUCACACCACAGAUCGAAGAACUGGUGCAGAAGCGUAACGAUGCUGCAGAGGAACUGGCGAAUCUGAACCGUAUGAAGGACAAGAGCUUCCAGGAAUUUGAGCAGUUGUCUUCGAAGAAUGCCCAACUGGCGGAGCUGAACAACCAGCUGGUGCAUCAGAUCCAGGAGCUCUACAAGGCUAACCCGACUGACGGCAGCCGCGGCGCUAAUGGACUUGGUAUCUACUCCCAUGGCAAGGAGAAGUCGCUGUCGGCCAUCGAUGCUCUGAAGGCGGCCAACAGCGAUUUGGUUCCCACGGUCGCGACGACGAACAUCUCAGAAGAAUCUGAGCCGGCCACGGCCACGAUCGUUCCGGGUCCCCAGGUGGUAAGCAUCCGGAAGGGACAGCCGCGCAAGUUCAACUGGAAGAAAGGAGGCCAGAACGUCGCCAAGGGCGUCACCAAAGGUCUCAAAGGCGCCUUCAUGUCCAGUGAAAACGCGCCAGCAGAGGGCAAUCCGGGUCUGCCCCGCUCUCAAACGCAGGACCCAAGUCGCCCCGGCUUUGGAUUCUUCGGUAACCCGCGGAGCAAGCAAACGGGUCUCCGGAUGCCGCAAACCGACAGUGUCCCUGCUCUGGCGGAAACUCCUGCCCCUGGAGGCCUCUUUGGGACCGACUUGGAACAGCGUAUGGAGCAGGAGAAGAGCAUCAUUCCUGCCAUUAUCACGCGUUGUAUUCAAGAAGUUGAACUACGCGGCAUGGACAUGGAAGGUAUCUACCGGAAGUCCGGCGCCAGUUCUGCGAUUCAAACCAUUCGCGAAGGCUUUGAGCGCUCUCCACAAGAUUACGAUAUUUCCGACCCUGAUCUUGACAUCCAUGCCGUGACAUCCGCAUUGAAACAGUACUUUCGCAAGCUGCCCAUGCCGCUCAUCACGUUUGACGUCUACGAAAAAGUCAUCGAUUCGGGUGAGAUCACCUCUCAGUCCGCUCGGAUUGAGAGCCUACAGAAGAGCCUUCGGGAUCUGCCACGCGUUCACCAGGAUGUGCUUGAGUUCCUGGUGUUCCAUUUGAGGCGCGUGGUUGAGCGCGAAAAGGAGAACCUUAUGACCAGCCAGAACAUCGCCGUGGUGUUUGCCCCAACCAUCAUGCGGCCCGAGAGUCUCGCACGGGAGAUGACUGAUGUGCAAAAGAAGAACGAGGUUUUGAAGUUUUUGGUCGAGAACUGUCAGGAGAUCUUCAUGGGUAUGCAGGGGUAGAAUUCUAGUCCCGUCCCGUCUCGUCAUCCGCCAUCUCCGGCCUGGUCCAGGAUGAACGAGGAUGUGGACGGCGCUCUUCCCUCCCCUUUCUUUUGCUUCUUAAUCGCUCCUCCCCUUUUUGGCUCCCAAAAGGACACCCACUUCAUUCCAUUUCCUUGUUCGUUAGAAUACCCCGAACCCUGUCGAUUUCAUGACAGUUGUACAUAUAUCGCGGCGGCCUG